AACAAAACCUCACCCAAUCAGGGAAAAUCCGGUCCAUCUCCUGAUAAAAAAUUGGAGACUGAGUAUUGCUGGUCUGUUCAUACUGUCGUCUAGCUGUGGUAUACCAACACACAGAAAGCUUACUUUACUAUAGCGAUUAUCGCCAUUUUCUUGUACGCAUACACAAGCUAAACAUACUGUAUAGACAUGUCCUUACAACGAAGCAGAGGGGGUGGAAGGAACAGACCUCGGUCAUAUGGACCCUCGAAAUCAGCCCUGUCACGGGCAUCAUACUUUACCGAUGAGCGGUAUUCCCAGAGUAGUGGUCUAGAUGCUGAUUCUAACGUACCCAAGGGCCCCAGAUCCAGCAUUUACGGGGCAGGUAGAUCUUCCAGAUGGGGUGAACACCAUCAUGAUCUGAGACCAUACACAUCCCGAGAUUCUUCACCUCAUUCGACUUCUUCUGUUGCAGAAGAUGUGGAAAAUACUCUCAUCCCAAUGGAAGGAACGGACCCACAUACAGGCAUCAAUCCUGGCGAUUCGAAAUUUGAUCUCCAAAUGCAUAAUCAGAGCUACUUAUCACUGCGACAACUCCUGGUCCCUGUUGAUAUCCUGAAAAACUACAGGGUUGUAUACGACCCUGAGUUGGACAAAUCACUCAGCAAAAGCGAAAAGAAAACGAGGCAUCGCAAACUCCAUUUUCAAUCUGCUGAUAUGCAACACGACACUGAUCCGAGGGUCAAGAUUGGAAUACAUCACUACUUGUCCAAGCCACACAAGCUUUCAAAAAAAAUCCCAUUCAAGCAACUCCCAAGAGUGCGCCUCGUAUACGAUAAAGACUCUUUAGGGUCGCCCCCACAGUCUGAAUUGGUGGCGUGGGACCUACCUGCCUCCACUAGUGAGGUAUACCUUCUCAAUUUCAUCGAAUCCUUUGGCAACCCGGUGAAAUCAAUCAAGUUUAUCAACGAUCCUAAAAAUGCUGUACCAUUGGGGAUAGCAACAUUUACAUUCCAAGGAAAUCUAGAAAGGGCGCUGCAACUAGCUAAAGAAUUCCUAAGGAAAGUGAGAUCAGAACCACAGAAAAUAGACGGGAUGGAACUCAAAGUCACACUAAAUGACGCUGCAGAUAAGAUUCUCAAUACGAAAAUGAAACAGGCUCAAGAUAGAUUACUAAGUGAUCACAUCUCGCGUGAAAAGGAGGAAAGGCGAAAACAAGAAGCCAAGAAGAGAAAGGACGCCGAGGAAGAAAAGAUUGCAGUAUCCUCCCCUGCUUCGGAAAAGCCAAGUGAGCCAGUGGAGUCAGACCCGUUGAAAGACUUGGCAAACACCACAACCCUUUCUCAUAAACAUAAGAAUAAGGUCAUAAAGGGUGUAUUUAUACCAUCCGAAUUGGUAAAGUAUGUGAAGGAUAGGCCAUUCUUAUUCAUUAGCCAAAAAUACUUGCCCACCACGAAUAUCUCGACUCAAGAUGUCAAGAAAGUCUUGAUGAAAUACGACUGGACGCGUGUUUUACUAGAUCGAACAGGAUUUUACAUCGUCUUUAACACUUUGAAAGAAUGUCACCGGUGUUUCAUCAACGAGGAUGGUCUUCGGUUUUUUGAGUUCCGGAUGUAUAUGGAGAUGUGCGUGCCUGAGAAUUUCAAAGAGAACAUUACACAUAGCUCAUCGUCGACAAAUGCGGGUAACAAUGAAGUAGAUGAGGCUGUUAACUUGUUGAUUAAGGACUUUCAAAGCUUUUUGGGAAAGGAUAUCCGAGAGCGCAUCAUAGCGCCUCUAAUCCUCGAUCUAUUAAACCCAAACGAUUAUCCAGAACUCAUGAGUGUUCUUAAAGAGCAAGAAAAAGAGAAGGAAGAACAGAGAAGGAAAGUUUUGGAGGCUUCAAAGUUCAAUAAGCCUCCUACCACAAUCUCGCCUCACAGUUUAGUAUCAUCUGGCGUGAAUAGUACAAAGAAGGGCCCUGAUAGCUCACAUGUCAUGAGUUUGCCAAGCUUCUCAAAAAAACUUGGGUCUCUAUCUAAUAACAAGAAGAAAAGAAGGAGUUUGUUUCCUAUGCAGCAUGCUUUGAAUUAUGAUGAUCAUGACUCUGAGGAUUCCGAAGAAGAUGAUUCUAGCAGAGGGACGACCCCAAUACCCAGCUCUAAGAGGGAACUUGAAUCUCCUCCAACGCCUACUGAAGAAGAGCCUCACAAAAGACAUAAGAGUUCUAAACUCAGGGAGAGCCUCUUGUAUGAUGAAACGUCGGAUGAUGAUAUGGAUGUGGGAUCUAAGAGCAGACAUGAACUGGACGAGUCUCGGCUGGCCGAUAUACAGAAAUCUGGUCCUGAAAUGAAACCGGAUAGGCCAAUUGCGAAGCUUGAGAAUGAUCUGAGGUAUGGGUUCACAGAGUCAUCCUGUCCCAAACUUGCCUACGAUGAAGAAGAGCCGCAGGCGGGAAGUAUUUUCGAUUUGGCCAGAUUUAAGCAAAUCAUCAAAGAUGAUGAAGAUCUCGCUUUGGCACGUAAAGUCCUUACAGGCACUGCUCCUUCUGUUAUUGAACAUCCUCAAUAUUGGGCAUGGAAGCAAAAUCAAUCUGCCUCAAGCGCAAUUAUUUCAGAGGAAGAGUCGAUUGGCCUUCUUUCAGAACGCUUGGAAUGUGAUACGGGAUCUUUCAAGAGUCAGGGCUUCAGAAAAAUUGCUGACGCCGACAAGAUUGAGUAUUUGCCACACAGAAAAAAAAUCCACAAGCCACUCAAAACUGUUCAAAACGAUUCGGAGGAAAAUAACACCACAGGAGGAAGCACAAGCAAUGCGAAUAACAAUGUGCAAAGCUCACGUGUUAAUAGAGCAAACAAUAGAAGAUUUGCCGCCGACAUCAGCGCUCAAAAACAAAUAUUGAGCUCAGAAUCGGAUAUUUUGAACCUAAACGCCUUGAACAAGAGAAAGAAGCCGGUUUCUUUUGCGCGUUCUGCGAUUCAUAAUUGGGGCUUGUACGCCUUGGAGCCUAUUGCUGCAAAGGAGAUGAUCAUAGAAUACGUCGGGGAGAGUAUCCGGCAACAAGUGGCCGAACAUCGUGAAAAAAGCUACCUCAGAACGGGUAUUGGUUCCUCGUACUUGUUUCGUAUUGAUGAGAAUAUUGUGAUCGACGCUACGAAAAAAGGAGGUAUUGCGCGAUUUAUUAACCACUGUUGUAAUCCAAGUUGCACCGCCAAGAUAAUCAAAGUUGACGGAAAAAGAAGAAUUGUCAUAUACGCAUUGAAGGACAUUGAAGCCAAUGAAGAGCUCACAUAUGACUACAAGUUUGAGAGGGAAACGAAUGAUGAAGAGAGGAUCAGAUGUCUUUGCGGAGCGCCUGGUUGCAAGGGAUAUUUGAACUAAAUACAUAUUAGCACAAUCAGUAUCCAUAUAAAGCAAAUGAUUAAACAAUAUGAAAAUCGACAAUUUUUCACUUGGUGCUAUGUAUAUCUCUUCAGCUCAUACUUGUUCGACAACAUUUGAAUAGCUGGGACAGUCGUAGGUUACAUACGAGAUGAUACUUUUCACGCGCACAAUAGAGAGCAGGCAUUUAUCAUUUCCACUCAUCGAUAUUUAUGUGGCGUGAUCUAUCUGUAUCUGAAAUGCAGUAGCACAUAGACUUCUGCCAG